AUGGCGGAAGUGAUAAAGCGGGAGAUGGAUAGGGUUUUGAACACAAGGACAUUCUCGGAUUGACUAUUCGAAAGGUGUUGCGUGCAUCUUUGAUUCCACCCCAUGUUGUUUUUUUCUGCGUUUGUUUUUACCUAGGAACUAAACUAUUAGUACUACAUUCGAUUCUAUGAAUUUGAGGUUGUUUGUUCUCUUAUCUUGUUGGUUUAAUUUUACAAACAAUUGGUGAAUUGUGAUGCUGCGAGUGACGGCGAGAUUCACUCCUCUUUUCUCCAUCUUUACGACGCAAUCCCACUGGCCACGGCCAAUACACGCAAUAACUGCUGCUACUAGUGGCUUCUCCUCCAUGAGCAUGAGCACAAGCACUUUAGCUCAAUCACGAGAUAAUGACUUUUCGAAAGGAACAAGUGCUAUUAAGCUUUCAAGCAAAGCGAGGAGAAAAGCUGCCAAUGAAUCUCCACAGGGAGUCCUACAACGCAAGCUGAAUCAGUGCUCAAAGUCUGGUGAUGUUGUUGAAGCUCUUCAUCUCUAUGAUGAGUCACAAAAAAUCGGGGUUAUGCUCAAUAUUGAUCACUAUAACAAAUUGCUCUACCUGUGUUCUAUGUCACCCAACUUGUCGGAUUUAGCUCUGAAAAGGGGGUUUGAGAUCUUUCAGCAGAUGUUGAAUGACCAAGUUGAGCCAAAUGAAGCUACAUUUACGAAUGCUGCUAGGCUUGCUGCUGCAAAGGAAGAUCCUGAGAUGGCUUUUGAAUUGCUGAAGCAAAUGAAAAAUGUUGGCAUUGCACCCAAGCUGAGAUCAUAUGGACCUGCUUUGUAUGGAUUUUGCAAGAUGGGGGAUGCUGAGAAGGCUUAUGAAGUCGAUACAGACAUGAUUGAAUCUGGCGUUACGGCUGAAGAGCCUGAGCUUGCUGCUAUUUUGGAAGUCAGUGUCAAUGCAAGGAAUGAAGACAAGGUCUAUGAGAUGUUGCAUCGUUUGCGAGCUGUGGUGAGACAGGUGUCUGAAUCUACUUUAAAAAUGAUAGAGGAUUGGUUUAACUCUGAAAAUGCAACUAAAAUUGGGAAGGAGAACUGGGAUGUUAACAAGGUAAGAGAAGGGAUUGUGCGGGGAGGUGGAGGAUGGCAUGGCCAAGGGUGGCUUGGAAGUGGACAAUGGAAGGUGGUGAAGACUCAUGUGAACGAGGAUGGCCUUUGCCUCUCAUGUGGUGAGAAGCUUGUGAGCAUUGAUAUUGAUACAAAAGAGACCGAAAACUUUGCUGCCUCAUUAUCUAAAUUGGCUUGCCAAAGAGAAGUUAAGGCAAACUUUAAUCAUUUUCAGAAGUGGCUUGAACAGCAUGGCCCGUUUGACGCUGUUGUAGAUGGUGCCAACGUCGGCCUUGCCAACGUGCAUAAUUUUAGCUUUCCGCAUCUUAAUUCUGUUGUUCAACAAUUACGUCAAAUGAGCCCUUCGAAUAGAUUGCCACUUAUAAUUUUGCAUGUAAGUCGGGUAACUGGUGGUCCUGCUCAGAAUCCAAAUAACAGGAGACUUAUAGAAAAUUGGAAAAAUAAUGGCGCUCUUUAUGCAACACCUCAAGGUUCAAAUGAUGACUGGUACUGGUUAUAUGCUGCUGUUAGUUGUAAAUGCUUACUGUUGACAAAUGACGAGAUGAGGGACCAUUUGUUCCAAUUACUAGGUUCUGGAUUUUUUCCGAGAUGGAAAGAAAAGCACCAGGUUCGAGUAUCAGCCUCAGCUCGUGGAGCUUCCCUAAUUUUGCCUCCCCGUUAUUCAAUAGUUAUUCAGGAAUCAGAAAACGGUAGUUGGCAUGUGCCAAGUGUAACUAGUGAUGAUCAUGAGAUCCCAAGGAAAUGGUUGUGCGCCACUAGAUCCGGAAAGAAAACAUUACAUAAUCUAUGGACAUCUAACUCCAUGUCUGAUGGCACUUGAUGAAAGGAAGGGAGUGUUUUUAUCUUCUUGGUUUGUUUUCAGUAGUUAUCCAAGAUUUUUCUCAUCUUGAAUUGCAAUUGCGUGCAGCUGUGAUGAAUUCAAGGCAUAGGACAAGGUGCUGCUACCAUUUUCUUCUCCUUUUUGAGUAAUUUUUUUUUAUUCUCCUUUAACACCAGCCUCCCCCACCCAAAAAAAAAAAAAUGCGCUUCUUCUUCCUUUUGGAACAUCUCUAGAUUUUCUUUAAUAGCUGAUAUGAGCUGCUAAUGUUCAGAAUGAAAAGGUUGAUUAUUUUGACACUUGUGGCAAGUUAAAAGCAGUAUAGAUCAGAGGGCUUGGGGUAGUAAUCUUAUCGGUGAACCUAAUUUGUCUCAUAUUUUUUAUUGAAGAGCCUAGGGUAGGUGGCAUUAAGUCUGUUUAGGGACUGAUUGAUUGCUGGAUUGAAACCCAGUGAAUCCACUUCACCACCACUUCAGUUUCUACGUUCUUAGACCUCCUUUGAACUAAAAAAGAAGGUAAUAACAUUGUUAUGCUGCCAUACCAUUCCUGAAAAUAUGCAGGUAGAGUGAGUGUUAGUGGUUAUGAUUAUUCGGGCCAUUGAGCUCACCAAAUAAAUGUAUACACUGAUUCUAUACAAAAUAUUUUGCCAUUUCAAAUUAUGAUCUACGCUGUCAAUAUGAUCAACAUCUUCUCAUGUGCUGGUUGCAUCGUUGGAACGACUUAGUCGUCUAUAGCUACAAAGCACAGAACAGCAAAAUGAUGCGGUCUCUGAAGUGUGAAAUUCUCCACGAUUAUAUUUAGAAGGGCAUGAUGCCCUUUGAUCAUUAAAAAAUUGUGCAAGUCUUCUCUCCACAUAUGUACUAGUCGCAUCUUUAGACCCACUUGGUCAAGCACAGAAAUAUGCACCCUUUGAACUUUGAAGUGUGAAAUAGAAAUACUCCAUGAUUAUAUCUUGCAGACAAGCUAGAUUGAAGCAGAGGAAUAGCUUGAUAUCAAGCUCAAUGCUAAGGCAUUGACUGUAUAGCCAAAGGGGAAAAAAAAGGAAAAAGAUAUUGUCCUGAUACAUUGUUUGGCAUGCGAAAGAUAGUCUUCCGUAGACUUAUUACUUGGAUAUCAAUCAACCAUGCUUCAUAGGUUAUAUGUGAACCUUCGUUUACAUGAAAAGAAACUCAUUCCCAAGAGUUUAACUGAAUGAAAAACAUCACAUUUGUAGUUGGUGGUAGUAAGUAAAGCAUUUUAAGUGACGGAGUAUUUUUAGCCAGUGUUUUAAAACUCGGCUUGG